ACCAAGCUUCCCUUCAGACUGGAGCAGGGGCAGCCGACCACCAGCUUCACUGGGGAGGGCUCCAGAGCACGGCAGUCCUGCAGGAGAAGGUGAGGCUGGCCAGGAAGAGGCCAUGCAGUUCACAGGUCCACAGAGUGCCCGGGUUCCUGAGGCUGAAUUCCUGUGGCCAGCAUGGCCGAGUCCAGGGAUAACUCUCUUCGGAUGGUUCUGGUCGGGAAAACUGGAAGUGGGAAAAGCGCCACAGCCAACACCAUUCUUGGGAAAGAAACCUUUGAUUCUAGAAUAGCUGCCCAGGCCGUCACUCAGACCUGCCAGCGGGCAUCCAGAACAUGGAAGGAGAGGGACCUCGUGGUGGUGGACACCCCGGGGCUCUUUGACACCAAGAAAACCCUGCACACCACCUGCAUGGAAAUCAGCAAGUGUGUCCUCUCUUCCUGCCCAGGGCCUCACGCCAUCAUCCUAGUUAUGAAGCUGGGCCGAUACACAGAGGAAGAGCAGAAAACUGUUGCUUUGAUCAAGGCUGUGUUUGGGACAGCAGCCAUGAAGCACAUGAUUGUUUUGUUCACUGACAAAGAAAGUCUGGAGGGCUUGAGCCUCAAUGACUUCUUAAAGGAGGCAGAUGUGGAUCUGAAAAGUGUCAUCAGGGAGUGUGGGAACCACGUCUUGGCCAUCAGUAACAGAGCAGACCAGGCUGAGAAGGAGGAGCAGGUGCAGGAGCUGGUGCGGCUGAUAGACAGCAUGCUGCAGAAGAAUGGAGGGGCUCACUUUUCUGAUAACAUCUACGCCGAUGCGGAGGAGAGGCUGAAGAAGCAGGCAGAGAUUUUAAAGAAUAAUUACGCUGAUGAAUUAAAGAAGGAGCUUCUAAUACUGGAAGAGGAGUAUGCUCAGAUGUUCAGUGAACAGAAACAGCAAGAGGAGGAAACAGUGAAAUCUAUCACAGCGAAGUAUGAGGACAAAAUUCAACACGUCAGGGAUCAGGCAGGCACAGAAAUCCUGAGCCACAUUGCUCAAAGACACAAGAACAUCAUUGCACACGUAUUCAAGUAAUUUGGGAAGCCAUGGGUCUCAUUGUGUUUUUCUUCAUCUGUGGUGAUUGUGAAGCAUUUCUCCACAAUCCCCCUCCCUUCCUCACCCUCCACGACUCUGACCCAGAUUCUGGAAUGACCAAAUGGCUACCAAUGAACAGGAAUUUCCAUGUAUGUACCUGAUGUCAAAAUUCCCUGUCAGGCCUCUGUGACUGGCCAGGCUGCAGGCGGUGGGGACACUGUGUGUGAAUUGUAUGUCUGUGUGUCAGCAGCACCCUGUGGUUGUCAGGCUCUUACCGCCAGCUUCCCUGUGCUGAGCCCCAGAAAGUCUAACAUCCCCCAAGCCUCAUCCUUUCCAUUUCGAGUUGUUUCUCUAGGUGCUGUCGCCCUAAGUCCCCUGGGAAACAAUCACCCAAACUUCUGCUCUUCGGAUCCAGGCUUCAUCCUCCGCUCCCAGAAGCUCCCCCAUGGUGCUUCCGUGGUCCUGUGAGUACACAGGAGCUCUGCCAGUGUGGAGGCAGGCGGGUGAUGCACAGAAGAGAAUACAAGAGCCUUCCAGUCCCGUGGAUCCAUCUCUAUAGGACACACUUGGGUUGAGGCCCUCUUGAGCCAUAGAAACUGGUGGCUCUCAACUCCACGGCACUGAAGUGGAAUCCAAACACUUUUCCUGCCAGGCCUUUGCCUUGUCCACAGACAGAAGGACUGCGGCAGGGAUCUGACAGAGAUUUUUAAUUUUUCUAAAAUGCUCCAAGUAAUGGUUGGUGUAGAAGACAAAGAAGCAGUGACCCUAAAAUACAGGCUCCGAUUUCUCUUAGGGCUACUAAUUCCCAAAGCUAUGCCGUGGGCAUAGUUGUACCUGUUGUGUGAAUAGAGUGAAAAUGUCACAAUGAGUGUCCCCAUGAAUGGGGACCAUGAGUGACAGCAAAAACUUGACUAGCAGCUUGUUAAAAUAAAGUAACUGUGUGUUAAAUAUG